AUGACACUCCAGUCUUUGACUUCUCAGAAGAAGAACAAAUCACACAGCACACAGUCGCUCCGGCUUUGUGCCUUUCUGUGCAAGAAGAAACGGCCAUCUGAUUGGCACUUGGCUCGGAUUCUGACACUUUUCCAACGGGCAGCACACGGCGACUUCUUCCCCACCAUCGAUCACUACCUUCGUCGAAGCAACUCACAUCGCAUCACCCAAAAUGUCACAUUUGCUGACAUCCCAAUUGCCUUCUUUCGCUUGUCCCGAUCAUCGCACCAUCCGACGCGGUUCCCACUCUUGAACGCCACACUCUCUGCCGACACUUUUGCCUGCGAAACUGCGCAACAGGCCACUCAAUCCACCAUCCGAUCGAUCAAGUCGGUCGUGCCUCUGCUCGACCGCGUCCUGGUGCAGCGAUUCAAGCCCGAGACCAAGACCUCCUCGGGUCUCUUCAUCCCCUCCUCUGCCUCGUCCUCCCCGCUUCCUGAGGCUAGCGUCAUCGCCACUGGCCCUGGUGCUCCCGACAAGGACGGCAAGGUGGUUCCUACCUCGGUCAAGUCCGGCGACAAGGUCCUCCUCCCCAGCUGGGGCGGCAACUCGAUCAAGGUCGGUGAAGACGAGUACCUCCUCAUCCGCGACUCCGAGAUCCUCGCCAAGAUCACCGAGUAG